AAUGACGCCCCUCCUUGUUUAAAAGCAGGAGGUGACGUCUCUCCCGCAACACUCCCCUGCUUGACAACCAGCGGACCUCGUGUGUGUCCCCCCGGUAUCCAGGCAGACUUAAAAAAAAAAAAACAAAAAAAAAAAAACACCGAUGGCCGAACGGAGGCAUCCCGGACAAAUGUGUCCGCCAUCGCGGCAAAAAAGGGUUUAUCUCUCGACGGCUUUAAACAGGUUAGCGAGGUAAUACGUCCUCAAAGCCGCGGGCAUUAUGGAGGACCGGUACCACCGGGCGGCCCGGGACGGCUACCUGGACGCGCUGAAGGAGGCCACACGGAAGGAGCUGAACGCGCCGGACGAGGACGGGAUGACGCCGACGCUAUGGGCCGCCUACCACGGCAGCCUGGAGGCGCUGCGGCUCAUCGUGGGGAGAGGAGGAGACCCGGACAAGUGUGACAUCUGGGGCAAUACGCCACUUCACCUGGCAGCUGCCAAUGGCCACCACCACUGCCUGUCCUUCCUGGUGGCUUUUGGCGCAAACGUGUGGUGUCUGGACAAUGACUACCACACACCACUGGACAUGGCUGCUACUAAGAGCCACAUGGAAUGCGUUCGAUACUUGGACACUGUUGCCGCCAAGCAGAUUACACUAAACCCCAAGCUGGUCAACAAGCUCAAGGACCGAGCCUUCCGCGCCGCUGAGCGCAGGAUCAAAGACUGUGCAAAGCUUCAGAGGAAGCAUCAUGAGCGUAUGGAGAAGAGGUUCUUGAAAGAAGCGUCAGGUUUGGACAACUUAGACGCAGUGAGCUUUUCCAGCUACACAAGUGGCAGCACGCUGAGCCGUAAGCUGCCCCAGUUCAACACUGUUACCUCCAACAUGCCAUACUCGCAGGCCACCCUGCACUCUACAGCCAAGAGCAAGACCAAGAUCCAGAAGAAGCUGGAGAAGAAAAAGCAGGUUGACGGCACAUUCAAGAUCUACGAGGAUGGGAGGAAGAGUGUGCGCUCGCUCUCUGGCCUGCAGCUCGGCAACGACGUCAUGUUUCUGAAGCAGGGCACCUACGCCAACCCCAAGGAGCGCUUGCGCCUCAACAUCCGGGACAUGUUCCCCCACUGUAACCGUGAUAGUGAUGACGAUGCCAGUACCAUCUCCCGUGCCAUCAGUGACCCGGGCCUCCAUGAGGCUGCCUAUUCCGAGAUCAGUGCUGACUCUGGUCGGGACUCCCUGUUCACGCGACCAGGACUGGGCACCAUGGUGUUCAGGAGGAACUACACGAGUGGAGGCCUGUUUAGUAUGGGUGCACAGAACGAUGGGAGCAUAGCUGGUAGUGAACCCGUUGGCCGGGCACCUAAUGUGCGCCUACACGGACACCUGCCCAGACGGUCACCCAGCCUGGAUGAGGACAGUGUUGGCAGUGCCCUGAGUUUGCAGGGGAGAAACCUGCAGGAGCUGCGCUGGGAGGAGACUGAUGCUAGGUUGGAUGAGGAGCUGGAGGCAGAGAACAGCCCUCUGGAGACUUUCCUGGCUUCUCAAAACCUCAGUGAGUUCAUGCCCAUCUUCAGGAAAGAGAAGAUAGACUUAGAGGCUCUGUUGCUUUGCUCCGACAAGGACCUUGCCAGCAUCCACAUCCCCUUGGGGCCCAGAAAGAAACUGCUGGAUGCCUGCAAGACACGCGUCGACACUCUGGAUGACCCUGAGGCAAUUGAAGACACUGAGCUUUAAAAGAACUACAUUAAAGAUUAAAUGCAUUACAUUUGUAUUUACAUAUUUGGUCUUGCAUGAUCAUGGGUACAUGAUUUGACUCGACCAGUGACACGAAGUAAUA